GCUCUACCUUCCUGCACCUGCAGCCCGCACCUUUAUCAGCAAUGACGGACAAGGCGCCCUUCGAAACCGAUAUCAACACCCUGACCCGCUUCGUCAUGGAGGAGGGCAGGAAGGCUCAAGGGACGGGCGAGUUGACCCAGCUGCUGAACUCGCUCUGCACCGCGGUCAAAGCUAUCUCGUCUGCGGUGCGCAAGGCGGGCAUCGCACAGCUCUUCGGCAUCGAUGGCUCAACCAAUGUGACGGGGGAUCAAGUGAAGAAGCUGGACGUCCUUUCCAAUGACCUGGUUAUCAAUAUGCUGAAGUCGUCCUUUUCUGCCUGUGUUCUCGUGUCUGAAGAAGAUGAACACGCCAUCAUAAUAGAGCCCGAGAAGAGGGGCAAGUACAUUGUCUGUUUUGAUCCCCUGGAUGGCUCGUCCAACAUUGACUGCCUUGUGUCCAUUGGAACCAUCUUUGGUGUUUACAAAAAGAAAACUACCCAUGAGCCUUCUGAGAAGGAUGCUCUGCAGCCAGGCCGGAACCUGGUGGCGGCUGGCUAUGCGCUCUAUGGCAGUGCCACCAUGUUGGUCCUUGCCUUGGAUUCUGGCGUCAACUGCUUCAUGCUGGACCCGGCCAUCGGAGAAUUCAUUCUGGUGGACAAGGAUGUGAAGAUCAAGAAGAGAGGUAACAUCUACAGCCUUAAUGAGGGCUACGCCAAGGACUUUGACCCUGCCAUCGCUGAGUAUGUCCAAAGGAAAAAGUUCCCUCCAGAUAAUUCCGCUCCCUACGGUGCCCGGUAUGUGGGGUCCAUGGUGGCCGAUGUUCACCGAACUCUGGUGUACGGAGGCAUCUUUUUGUACCCUGCCAACAAGAAAAGCCCCAGUGGAAAGCUGAGGCUCCUGUAUGAGUGCAAUCCCAUGGCUUUUGUAAUGGAGAAGGCAGGAGGAAUUGCCACCACAGGGAAGGAAAAUAUAUUGGACAUCAUUCCCACUGAUAUCCAUCAGAGGGCGCCAGUCAUCAUGGGGUCCCCCGAAGAUGUAAAUGAAUUCCUGGAGCUCUACAAGAAGGAACAGGUCAAAUGAAGGCUGUCUUUGCCCUUUCCACCGAAGCAGAGCCUUGCAUCUGGACCUUCAACCUCAAGCGAUACUAUGCCAUUCUGACUGUGUGCUGUAUAUUCCUAGACAAUAGACCUAACAGUGUGGGUUCCAGUGCUUUGCGAUGCCCUAGACUGCCUCAUCCACAUGCUAUAACACCAUCACAACAGGUAAUAUGUGCUUUGAGCACUUGAAUAAGAAAUAAACACAUUCUUCCUUUAUAAUUUU